AUGACGGAAGAAGUGUCAAGAAGAAUUUCCGAUCGAAUCAGCAAUCUGCCUAUCAAUGCAAUUGAUGAUAUUCUUACGCGUUUGCCUCUACGAGAUGCUGUUAGGACCAGUAUUUUGUCGAGAAAAUGGAGGUAUGCCUGGGCCAAAGUUCCAAAACUUACUCUUGAUGAAUCACUCUGGAAAGAUCUAUCAACCCGUGAAGUUAGAGUUAAGCUUGGUAGGAUUCUCCUUCAUCUAUUUUCACUUAGGCAAGGACCAAUUAAAGAGUGUAGAAUCUCCAUUCCGAAAUCAAAAUACUUCCCUGAGGUUGACAACUUGAUCUUUUUCCUGUCAAGGAAUGAGAUCGAGUAUCUCGUUCUUGAACUUCCUAAGGGGGAGAAGUACAAAUUGCCCUCUUCUAUUUUCACAAGUUCAAAAAUGAGGCAUUUGACACUUCAGUAUUGUGUAAUCAAUCUUCCAACUACCUUUCAAGCAUUUGGUAAACUUCUUCGCUUACAAUUGUUUAAUGUUUCUAUUUCUGAAAAACAUCUUGAGAAAUUAAUAUCUCGUUGCCCAUUGCUUGAGGACAUGGAGCUAGAUAUCUCAAACCCUUUGUACUAUAUUCAAGUUAAUGCUCCUAACCUAAAAUUCUUGAACUUUGGAAGCAAAAUAAUUUCUAUAUGUUUCAAAACUACCCCACUUCUUGCUGAUGUGUCAAUUAUGGCGGAUAAUGUGAAUCAUGGUCCCCUGGAGGAUGGCGUAAAUCAUGGUCCUGUGGAAUUAAUUGUGGCGGAUGAUGUAAAUCGUGAUUUUGUGGAGAGAGGAACAUGUAAUCUUGUCGAGUUUUUUGGUUCCUUGCCUGCUAUUAAGAAUCUCCGAUUGGAUCAUUUCAUAAUCAAGACCCUGAUUGCAGGAAUAGAUGAAAUUCCAAUGAAACUUCCCAUGCCUCUUCUCAAUCUAAAAAAGAUUUACUUAUUCGACAUUUGUCUAAGUGGACUAGAUGAAAUCCGCUUUCUUCUUUGCUUGAUUAAAAGCUCCCCAUAUUUGGAAGAAAUCGUCAUUAUUAAUCAGGCAAUUAAUAACGAACGAGGAGAUGAUCUUACUGCUUUUAAAGUUUUGGAAGCUAAGUAUGAUUCAGGCAUAAAGUUGAAUCGGCUUACCAAAGUCAGAUUGAUAGAUAUUAGGGGCACAAAGGCUGAGAUGGAAUUUAUCAAGCUUCUAUUGGCCACAUCUCCGGUGUUGGAAAAGAUGAUGAUCUCGCCAUACUACAUAGGGCCUGAAUCUCCUCAAACAUUAGUUGAGAUACUGAUGCAGGCCAACACAUUUCAAAGGGCAUCACCUCGAGCAGUAGUCAAUUUUUAA